GGCAAGCGUCGCUGGCUCGAGUGAUCGGUAACGCUUCGUUCUUUCGCGUCGUUGUAAAUACACGCAGCUUGAAUUCCCUUGACUUUUAAUUCGCGCGCGAUUCGCGAUGCGGUGGUGCGCGUUUUAACAAUCUCUCCUUACGCCGUGCAAACGAAGCAAACUGCCACGAUUAUUGACAGGCGCGAGGCAAGUCGCGAGGCAAGGUAGACGCGGAUCGGCAUCGGCCUGAAGUCGGCUCUGGAAGACUUGACGGGGAGCGAUCCUAGAACUUCUACCGCGAGAAAAUCAAGAUUAGAAUGCGGCGUGGCUGGUCGAUGGACGAUGGCUGUUAAAACGAGACGCAUCGCGAAUCUCGCCGGCGGGCAAGAGGGACGCGCGGAAGAGAAGGAGAUGACACGCGGAGUCACGCGAAAGAACGAAGCUGCGACUUUUCCGCGCACGCGCGGGCGACGAUAGGGGAAGCGAGCGGUUUUAAAAACGCUGAAUGACAGACGAUUCCUGUCUGGUUGCCAGCGAUCGGCAGUCGCUUAAAGUGCCGACAAUUUAUCCGGUUCAUCCGAGUUUCGCGAUCUCCCUCGAUCGCUGACAGGUCCUCUUUCUCUAUCCAUCUUGGCCGUACGAGCAAGGGAUUCGUCUCUUCCUCGACAUCGAGCGAUAAAACACAGCGAGACAGCAGUGGACACGAUGUAGGCUGGUGAUCCGACCGAGAAGGAAUUUUUGUUAACUCGUGAACUCGAAGAAACGCGAAAAACCGAGGAGUCAGAAAGGGGUGAGAAAGACGCGAGGAUGAAGACGAUGGGCGAUGUCGUUGCCGAUCCCAUCGACGAGGACGAUGGGACGAUGCAACCGAGCGGCGCGAGCAAGGAAUUCGGUCAGAGGACACUGAGAUCCUUGAAGAGAGGACUGGGCCGACUCUGGAGACGACACAGAGGUAACGUGUCGAUAACCGACUACGAUCCCUCCUACAAGGUCGCGUAUCUCGGAAACGUGCUGACCGGAUGGGCCAAGGGUGAAGGCUGCGUUGAGAAGCCUGUAUCGACCUUAUGGCGGAACUAUAUGACCAGUAGCAGACCCGACGUCUCCAUGAGGUUGACGAUAACUAACGGCGGUCUGACUGCAACCACAAAGGAUCACGGCAUCACCGAAUAUUGGGCCCACCGUGUGACCUAUUGCACGGCCCCAGUUUCGCACCCGCGACUCUUUGUUUGGGUAUACCGACACGAGGGUCGCAGGUUGAGGCCCGAAUUGAGGUGCCAUGCCGCUCUGUGCAGCAAGGAAUCCACCGCCAGGAGACUCGCCUCUAUUCUGAACUCCAGGCUGCAACAGGCGCUUUUAGAAUUUCGCCGGGAUAAGGUCUCCAGGCAAAAUGCCAGGUUGUCUCUGGCGAGCGCGUUGUACGACAAUCCAUCGUUGCCACGUAGAAAGCUUCUUUUAAGCACUGGUGGCCAGAAUUAUCGACCGCCCUUGGAAAGGUCGAAGAGCGCACCAAAGUUAUCAGCGAUCGAAGAGGAUACGGUAGCCGAGGAAAUAGAACAGCAGAGGUUGCUGGAUGAAUUGCGCUCCUUGGAAACCGUGGCCCGCAGCUGGGAGGAUCAGGACAGCUGGAGGAUAGCCAGGCUAUUGGACGCUCUCAAUCGCGAAUCCUCUGACGAGAACGGUAGCAUCUCCAGCGGAUGCGAAACCGCCAGUACAGCGACAAGCGAAGAAAGAGCCAUAGGCGUAGAGGAGCAUCUCGCAGGAAAUCAAAAUGAUCAGCGAGGCUCAAUCAAAAGGAUUAUUCUUUCGGAAAAUCGAGUUAGCAAGGAACUAGGACCACGAAGAAAUUCAGAGGGUUCGGCUCAUUUUAUGACAUGCGUUGGCAGUCCUCGUUUCAAUCCAGAUUCCAUGAAGAGGUUUCCUCUAAGAAGUGAGGAAGAAGAAUCAAUGGAAGAAGAGGAAGAGGAGGAUACUGCUUCAAAUAUGUUUGAUUUUGAAGAUAUCGAAGAUCUUGAUGAUGUAGUGGAUUAUCGACCGAGAGGUGAAGUGUUGAAUAGGAUCGAAGAACAACAAAAUAGAGAAAGGCGAACGAACGAGAAAUAUCCUGAUAGGACAAGCCAUGAAUUUCUGCAAAACGAAGAAACUUCGUUUCUAACUCUGGAUUCUCUCGACGAGGAAGCCGAUAGCGAUGAGAGUGGUUACGUGGAGGCCCCACCAAAGUCUUUAUUAGGUCAAGAUGAUAGAAAGGAAGAGGAGGAGAGCGACUCUUCGCGAUUGGAGUCAUUCAAGAAUCAGUCAGAAACCGUAACUGCGCAUAGAAAUAUAAAAACAGAAGGAAAUGAGAAUCAAAGGAUGAAGCAUGAAGAUUCCAAAAUAGACAAGCAGAAAGAAAUAGAAUCUAAAAAAGUGGAGAAGGAUUCCUUAUUGGUGGUCGACGAAAAUCAAAGAAUCAAGGAGAGAGAAAGAGAGAGAGCGGAUUUCAAGUAUCCUAUUUCAGAAACUAUCAAGAAGUUAGCUAGCGCAUCACUAAGAUCCAAAUCUCUUGAAAUGACAAGCAGCAACUGCUUAAAAGUUCUAAAUAAUUUCAAAACCUCCAAGUCAUUUGAUAGUGUGAAAAAUGAUGAAAUUACCAUGGAAUCGCCAAGUCUUCAUCAAAGGAAGCAAUUGUUGGCGCAGCGUGGUGUUAUGGUUUGAAAAAUUCUUUUAUCUUAUAUAUAAAAAAGAUUGAAUGGAAAUUGAUGAAUGAACAUUUGUUCAACAUCGGGUUUCCAUGAACAAUCAAAGAUACUUAUAACUAUAUUCCACAAAAAUAUCGAGCGUUUACAAAAGGGAAUAUGAAUUAAUUUUCGAUUCAAAAAGUGCCUGAUCAACACUCGAUUUAUCAAAUUUUAUCAAGUUUUAUUUAGUUUAUUGGAUGAAAAUGGGUUUUAAUUAGUAAUAUUCAUCCUGGAGUCAUUUUCCUUAUUCGUAGUACUUAUAGUACAUAAAUAUAGAUAUUAAUUCGGUGAUGGAUACACAGAUCUUGUUGUUAAGAAAUUCUACUCAAAUAAUAUCAAAGUAAAUUGUCAAAAUAUGUCAAAUAUGCUUUAUAUAGCUUCGAAAAAAUUAGUUUAAAUGCUUGAUUGCGAAUUAAAAAGCCAUCAUCGAGUUAAAAAAUCUUCAGUACCGGAAAUGUAGAUCCCAAGCCGAAUAUUUUAAGGUAUGGUUUCUCUGAUAAAUUUUUUAAAUUUUUCAAAAGAAUUGUAAUUUCACAAAAAACUGUCAAAGGCAAAAUUUUUAAUAGAUGAGGAUCGAAAGGAAUGUUAAUAAAAUUUAGCUAAUCCUAUUUAAAAGGAGGCAAAUUAGAUUGUAGUAGAGAAAUCAUUAAAAAUAUUGAGUUUUUUAAUAAAUUGUUUAUAAUAAUUAUAAUAUUAUUUUAUUAUUUAAUAACGAAGUACUGAAUGUUUUAACUUUUCUUUGUUUUAUCUAUCCUUUUUUAUUAUUGUAUCGCGCAAAGGGGAUUAUUUAUUUCCGGUUCUGACAUUGUUACACCAGUUGACAAGGAAAAUAUACCCAUAUUAUAUACAAGAUGGAUAUGAAAAUAUUGAGACUAUUGAAUCUUUAAUAAUCAUGCCUAUUGCAUGUAGUUGUAGUUCUGUGGUUAAAAAAUAAAAUAUUCUAUUUGAUAGAGAACGGGUUAUAGUGGAAGCAAUUGAUAAUAUUAGAAUAAAAUCAGUUCGUGUGUAAAAUUGCAAAAGUAGUUACUUCGUUAAAAUGUAAUGAGCUCAAUAAUUUGAUAAUAUGAUUUUUCGCGUUAUUCUAUUACGUUUUCAUGAACAAUUGAAAAAGCCUGUAUUAGAAAAUUAGUCGUAAAAAGAUGCCCAUUGAAUCGUUCGAUUCGUUACCGAUAAUGCAUCGCAUCUUGUUGAUUAUAUAAUGUUAAUGUUGGUC